GGCAGAUCGUUCAUGACACAAACAAAACUAUUUUUACAAAUAUUUUUCAAAUAACUCCAUUGUAAAAAAAAAACCAACUCAUGGACUAGGAAAGAAAAAUACAUUCGUACCGGUAUUAACGCGGGAAACCUCUAAGGUCGUUUUCUUUACACGCCACGUGUCGUUUCAUCCUCCAUCGUUUCCCUUCUCCAUUUCCCUCUCUAACUUCCAAAUCCACAACACCGUUAACAACCUUGAAACCUGCAACAACCAUUCCAUCAAUGGCGUCUGAAAACCCUAACCAGAAAAACUCCCUCUACCCAGAGGUCAUAACAGAUGAUCCCAACCCGAACAAUCCCACUUCCUCCUCUCUCUACCCCUCAAUCGACGUCUCCGAGCUCGUCGAAAAUCUCUUCCCGGAAGACACCAGCCCCUCCGCCCCUCCGAUCGCCGCCGAAGAUGUUCUCAUCAAGGUCCCCGGCGCUAUUCUCCAUCUAAUCGACAAGGAGUACAGCGUCGAGCUUGCCUGCGGUGAUCUCACCAUCAUUUGCCUCCGUCAGGGGAAAAACGUCGUCGCUAUUUACGCCCGCGUCGAUGACGAGAUCCAGUGGCCGCUUGCUAAGGAUGAGACCGCCGUUAAGGUUGAUGAUUCACAUUACUUUUUCUCCUUCCGAGUUCCGAAAGAGGUUGAUGAUGAUGAUUCCGAUUCGAGCGAUGAGGAAGGGGGAAAAGGAGAAAAGCGCCACCGUCGCCGUCGUCGUAGCCGGAAAGGAGGCGGUGAUUUGGUAAUGCUGAGCUACGGGUUGACGAUCGCGGCGAAGGGGCAGGAGGGUUUGCUGAAGGAGCUGGAUAGGGUUUUGCUAGAAUGCAGCAAUUUCUCUGUCCAUGAGGUGUCGGAGAAGGCGAAGAAGAAAGGGGAGGCUCUGGAUGGGUCGGUGGCGAUGGAGAUGACGCCAUUGGAGUUGAGUACGGAGAAGGAGAAGAAGGAAUUGAUGGAGGAGAGGUGUGCGGCGUAUUGGACCACAUUGGCUCCCAAUGUGGAGGACUAUAGUGGACUCGCCGCGAGGCUCAUCGCUCAAGGCUCAGGGCAGUUAGUUAAGGGGAUUUUGUGGUGUGGCGAUGUGACUGUGGAGAGGUUGAGGUGGGGGAAUGAGAUCAUGAAGAAGAGGAUGGGUCCUUCUUCUCAGGCGGAGAUUAGUCCCCAAACUUUAAAGCGGAUCAAAAGGGUUAAGAAAGUGACUAAAAUGACAGAGAGUGUAGCGCAUGGGGUCCUCUCUGGGGUUAUAAAGGUGUCUGGAUUUUUCACCAGUUCAGUGGCAAAUUCAAAAGCGGGGAAGAAAUUUUUCAGCCUUCUACCUGGCGAAGUUGUGCUUGCUUCAUUGGAUGGAUUCAGCAAAGUGUGUGAUGCCGUUGAAGUAGCAGGAAAAAGCGUCAUGUCAACAUCAUCCACUGUCACAACCGAGCUUGUCAAUCACAGAUAUGGAGAAGAAGCUGCCAAGGCAACAAGUGAAGGAUUGGAUGCUGCUGGUCAUGCUGUGGGGACUGCAUGGGCUGCUUUUAAGAUACGCCAGGCUUUUAACCCUAAGAGUGUGCUAAAGCCUACCUCCCUGGCCAAAUCUGCGGCUAAAGCUGCUGCUGAAUUCAAGGCUAAACAAUCUAAGUGAUUCAUGGCAGGAGUUCUUCAAUUAAGGUCUGACCAUUCUAACAUCAAAAUAUACUGCUCUUCAUUAUUCACAGCUUCUUUUAGGGCAGGGCGAAAACAUUGUGUAUAUCAUAGGUGGAAACAUUGGUGCAUUGAUUUCAUGAUUUUUCUUUAAGGGUGCUACGGAGUAGUACACUAAAGGUGUUGAUUAGAAUUUGCAAAUAGAAAUUAUUUAUUGAAAAGUGCUGUAUAUAAUGUUAAGGUAAAGACCUGUACAUUUCUAAAAAUUAUUUUCCAUGAUUAAUUCUAUAACUAAUACCCUUGAAGCACUCAGUUAGCAUUUG